AUGGCUUCUACCGGUGAUCCUGAGUACAAAUCAUCUUCAACUCCGGUUCCGGCUUCGGCUUCCCGUGGUGUCGAUUUCUUCAAGUUUGAUUUGAUCCUAAGGUUUUUGUUGUUUGCAGCAUCAUUAGCAGCAGUUUUAGUGAUGGUUACUAGUAAUCAAACUGAAUAUCUCCCUCUGCCAUUACCAGCCAAGUUCAGAUACUCACCAGCUUUUGUGUAUUUUGUGGCUGCAUUUUCUGUUUCUGGACUUUACAGUAUUAUUACAACACUUGUAUCACUCUCCGCAAUCCGAAAGCCGAGCCUCAAAACCAAACUUCUUCUCCAGUUAAUCUUCUGGGACGCGGUGAUGUUCGGGAUAUUGGCCUCGGCAACAGGCACGGCGGGAAGUAUGGGGUAUUUGGGUUUGAAGGGAAACAAACAUACUAACUGGAAUAAAAUCUGUAACAUAUACGACAAGUUCUGUAGGCAUGUUGGUGCAUCUAUUGCAAUGGGAUUUAUUGGUAGCAUUGUUACACUUUUGCUCAUUUGGAUUUCAGCUUACAGCAUUCAUAGCAGAGUUCCUAAGUAG